AUCAUUAGGGGGUGCCAGCCCCACAUUCAUUAACAAACAGGGGCAGGCUGGGUGCGACCCCCCCCCCCCUCUAGGCAUUCUUCCAAAGGGCGGGGAAAGCGAAAGUGAAAGUCUCCGGGCGGCGGCGCUGCUUGGAAAUCACGUGAUUGAAGAAAAGAGCCCGAAACGACACCCCCACCCCACCCCAUCACCACAUCCCACCCGCAGGAAACGGCCGUGGCGCUUUGUCUCCAGUGAUCAGGUUUCCUGCUUCAGCAAGUGGUUGGACUAGAACACCUCUACGGUCCCUCCCGACUCUGCUAUUCAGGGGUCGAGCAGAGCUUCUCUGCAGUGCUUUCCGCCCCCUCCCUGAAAAUAGCCGCUGGAAGCCUUCUCAGCUCCUACACCCAGGCCGAGUCCGGCGGUUGGUUCUCCCUUCUGGGCCUUUGCUCUUCAUCUCUCCCUGCUUGGCUUGAGGCCAGAAGUGCAGAAUGGAAGGGGCCCUGGAGAUGCCGGCCCUGGGCCGCCCCUUCCAGCUGGGGGCACUCUACGAUUGCCGCAGGGAUUCCCUGAUCCCAGAUGUGACUUUGUGGGACGCUGACCUUUUGCAAAGGCACGUAGUGACCGAGGACCGACCCCGGAUGGACUUUCGGGUCCUCCCCUCGGAGUCUUUCCAAAUCACGGCCUCCGCCCUCCAACUCAAGGACUCUCUGAAGGCCAGUUUCAUUGGGGGGCUUUUUGAAGUUGGGGGAGCAGCCACCUACUUGGAAGGGAAUCCGCCCCCUAGGAGCCACACCCGGGUGACCCUUCACCUCUCCGUUACUACUGAACUGAAGUACCUGCCGACCGGUCUGCUUCACGGGGGGGCUGUUUCUUACCAGGAAGCAUUUGAGGAGGGGUCAGCCACCCACGUGGUCUCAGCGGUGCUGUACGGGGCCCAGGCCUUCUUUGUUUUCGAUUGUGGAGUCUCCCAAUCUGAAGAUGUCCAGGACGUCCAGCAGCAUUUUCUGAAGAUGAUUGAGAAGAUACCAAAAGUUGCUGCCAGAGGAAGAUGUGACUUGCGAUGGAGCGACACGGAGAGAGAAAUGGAAAGGAAGAUCCACGCUACAUCAUAUAGCGACAUCCCCCUGAACAACCCAGCUACUUUCCAAGAGGCCUUGGCAAACUGCACCAUUUUCCCCCACAUGUUCAGAGAACGUGGGAAGACGGUGCCGGUGAAAGUCUGGCUGUAUCCGCUCAUCAAGCUGGAUCCCAAAGCAGCUCGGAUCGUGCGGGAUCCGCCCUCGGGCUGGAUCUGGGAGGCAGAAGCUCACCUGCAGGCCCUGAUCAAAGUCGAUCUCUGGUGCCAAGAUCUGAACAAAUCCCCCGUCGCGGCUGUCUUCCCCGAGAUGAAGGACCAAGUCAAGCAGCUGAGGUAUCUCUGCCGGCAACACGGCCUGGUUUUCCGGCAAGAGGUCGGGAAGGCGUUACUUGCCAUUCGUGCGGGACGGGAAGAGGCCGCGGUUUUGUGGGGCCUGUUAACGCGCUUGCUCCAGUCCCCCUUCCAUCGGCAGGACCUGAAGAAGCUUCUCGCGAGAAAGAAACGGGAAAUGGACUUUGUGAAACUUUGCCUGUCCCACCUUGCAGGGCUGGAAAUCGUCUCCGCUCCGGACAAGCUUGAGGAAAUAUUAUUUGAGUGCCGAAACAAGACUGUGGUCGUGUUUGUGUUGACUUCCUUACCCAGGGAGGAACCCUCGUUAGAUGUCUUGCGAAGUUGGCUUCCCUUCGAGGGAAGCGGAGACCCAGCGAUGACGGUGGGGCCCUCCUCGAAGAAGCAACCAUCCCAGCUGUGGUUUGAGGAUGAAGAGAGGAAGCAAUGGAUCCGGUGUGCGGUUUCUUCCCUUUCGGACUUUGCCGAGAUCCACCAGGAAAGGGGCGACAUUCGCUUCCUGGUUUCCUCAGUCUGGGAUGAGCGCCAUCCCGGAGCUUCGGUUUACCUCUAUGAAAAUGGCACAUUGGUCAACAGACACCUGGAGCUGCCCUCCAGGCCUGCCCCUCCGGAGGUUGAGCUGGACCGGCCAGGCCGUGUCUGGAUCACAGUCCAUCCGGUGAGCUUUGGGGCAGAUUCCGUCUCCUGGUACAAGGUGGAAUAUCGGAUUUCCGGGGACAAGUGGAGCUGCCUCCCUACGAAAGGGCAUAGAGUCCCCCUAGACGUCCAGUGGAACAUCGAGUACCAGUUCCGAUGCGCCGCUGUGACUCGAGUAGGGAUCGGACGAUGGAGUGAGAUCGUUUGUUACUCUUCUACGAGGAAACCCGAAAAGGUCCAGGUGGUUCUUUUUCCAGGAGAGAGACGGGCAGGAUUCGGACCAGGAGACGAGCUCAGAGUCGUCCUUGUUGGGAAAACCGGCACUGGGAAAAGUGCAACGGGGAACACCAUCUUGAAGGGAAAUUAUUUCCUCUCCGAGAUGAGUCUCCAGACCAUAACCCCAAGCUGUCAAAGGGGGGAGAGGCAGCUGAAGUACCAAAAGAUUGUGGUGGUCGACACUCCCGGAGUUUGCAGCACUCAGCUCUCGGAGGGUGAAACCUCUGCCGAGCUUAAGAACUGCCUGCAGUUGUGUCCGCCGGGCCCCCACGCCAUUAUCCAUGUCCUUAAGGUCGGGACUUUCACCACGGAGGAGAAGAAGACCGUUCGGGUCCUGAAAAGUGUUUUCCAGGCUAGCGCCCUCCGCUACUUCAUCAUUUUGUUCACCGGGAAAGAGGACCUGGAAGGGGAAUCGCUCGAAAGCUUCAUCUCUGUCCAGGACAAAGAGCUGAAGACGCACAUCGCGGACUGUGGGAACCGGUGCCUGGCUUUCAGCAACCGGGCCAAAAGGGCAGAACAAGAGGCUCAGGUGGAGGAGUUGAUCCGGAUGGUCCAGGAUCUGGUGAAAAAGAACCAGGAGGCUCCUUACUAUGCUGAAGAAACUCAAAAGGGCUUCCCUUGGAAGCUCCCCCUUUUCUAAGAGAGACGGCGAAGAUCUCCCUCCCCCCCCCCACUUAACCCAGGGGUCUCCAACCUUGGCAACUCUAAAACCUGUGGACUUCAAUUCCCAGAAUUCCCCAGCCAGCAAGGGUUCACCAGAAUGGAUAGGACAAGAGCAAGAACGAAUGCGGAUAAAACUACUUUAUCAGAUUUUUUCAUAGUUUAACUUUAUUGGUAGAAGGUGGGUAUGCAGUGAACCUAAUGUCAACUCGGAAGCACAGAAACUUUCAGAGUUGGUUUUCACUAGCUGUGCCAAUACAACGUCUCUAAUAAACGGGUGCUUUGAGGAAUCCACCCGCCUCGAAGUUCUGAUUGGGAAGGCUGGCACAUAAUAUAUCACAUUUUUGAAAGGCAAUCUUCAUUAGCAGAUGGUGGCCAUGCGGUAAACAUAAUAUAGCAAUAGCACUUAGACUUAUACUCCACUUUACAGUGCUGUACAGCCCUCUAUAAGCAGUUUUAGAG